AUGGAAGAAGCGACGAGAAAAUCCAUUAGGCUUCGGUUUCCCUCUCUUUGUGGUCUCACUAAACUGUACUUGAACAUCUCACAUUGGUCGAAUUUCAUCAGGACUGGAAAUUCCGAUCCGAAUCAAUUGCAUUUAAUGAUUUCCGCCGGAGAGUAUGGAAAACGAAUAUCCAUUUUUCCCGGAGAAAUUAACAAGCUAAGUAUUAUGAAGUGGAUUAGUAUUUGGCAAUCAAUGAGAUCUGACUGUGACUUUUAUGGAAAGUGCGGUCCUUUUGGAACUUGUAACCCAAACGAUUCACCCAUUUGUAGUUGUUUAAAGGGGUUUGAGCCAAAGAACAUCAACGAAUGGAACAAUAGAAAUUGGACUAGUGGUUGUGUCCAAAGAACAUCAUUAAAAUGCAGUGAUACUGAAGGCAAAGAAGAUGGCUUUUUGAGGAUUAAGCGUGUGAAAGUGCCAGACUAUGCUACUUGGUUGUUUGCAAAUGAUGAAGAUGAUUGCCGGAGGAAGUGCUUGCAAAAUUGUUCGUGUUUGGCUUUUGCGUUUCCUUCGGGUAUUGGAUGCAUGGUAUGGAAUGGACGCCUGAUUGAUAUUCAAGAAUUUUUUGUUGAUAGUGCUGAUCUUUUCAUUCGCUUGGCUUAUUCAGAACUAGGUAUUGUAUUGUGGGAGCGUUUAUCGAUGUAA